AUGCACACCGCCAUCUUGGCCCCGCCCCUCCCGCCGCGUCACGCGGGGCCGCGGUCACGCGGGCGGCGCGCGGCCCCGGUUGCCAUGGCGAGCGCGGCGCGGAGGCCGCGGGGCCUCCGCUGGGCCCUGGGCCCGCUGGGGCUCUGCUGGGCCCUGGGCCCCGCCGCCGCCACCAACAUCGUCCUGCUCCUCAUGGACGACAUGGGCUGGGGGGAUUUGGGAGCUUUCGGAGAGCCUUCCAAGGAAACCCCUAACCUAGACCAGAUGGCUGCAGAAGGGAUGCUUUUCCUGGAUUUUUAUACUGCCAGCCCCCUCUGCUCUCCCUCAAGGGCAGCGCUGCUGACGGGCCGGCUCCCGGUCAGGAAUGGCUUUUACACCACAAAUGGACACGCCAGGAAUGCAUACACACCACAGGAUAUAGUGGGAGGAAUCCCAGAUUCCGAAUUACUGCUUCCAGAGCUCCUGAAGAAAGCUGGUUACACCAAUAAGAUCAUUGGCAAAUGGCACUUGGGGCACCGGCCCCAGUUCCACCCCCUGAAGCACGGCUUUGAUGAGUGGUUUGGGUCCCCAAACUGCCACUUCGGGCCCUACGACAGCACAGAGCGCCCCAACAUCCCCGUCUACAGGGACUGGGAGAUGGUUGGCAGAUACUAUGAAGACUUCAAAAUUGAUCUGAAGACAGGUGAAGCCAACCUGACUCAGCUGUACCUGCAGGAAGCUCUGGAUUUUAUUAGCAAGCAGCAGGCCAGCCAGCAGCCAUUCUUUUUAUACUGGGCAAUUGAUGCUACCCACGCUCCUGUUUAUGCCUCCAAACAGUUCCUGGGCACGAGUCAGAGAGGGCUGUACGGGGAUGCUGUGCGGGAAAUCGAUGACAGCGUUGGGAAAAUCCUGAAGCACCUCCAGCAGCUGGGCAUCAGUGAGAGCACCUUUGUGUUUUUCACCUCUGAUAAUGGGGCUGCUCUCAUUUCAGCUCCCAAGCAAGGAGGAAGCAAUGGGCCUUUCCUGUGUGGCAAACAAACCACCUUCGAGGGUGGCAUGAGGGAGCCGGCCAUCGCCUGGUGGCCCGGCCACAUCCCUGCAGGAGGGGUCAGCCAUCAGCUGGGCAGUGUGAUGGAUCUGUUCAGCACCAGCCUCUCCCUGGCGGGUCUGCAGCCUCCCAGUGACAGACAGAUUGAUGGCAUCGACCUUUUACCUGUCAUCCUGCAGGGCAAGCUAAUUGACAGGCCCAUUUUCUAUUAUCGUGGCAACGAGCUGAUGGCAGUGAGAGCUGGGCUUUACAAAGCUCACUACUGGACCUGGAGCAACUCCUGGGAGGAGCACGGCAAGGGCAUUGAUUUCUGUCCUGGCCAGAGCGUGGCUGGAGUGACCACACACACCCAGGAAGAGCACACUCACCUGCCCCUGCUCUUCCACCUGGGCAGGGACCCUGGUGAGAAGUACCCAUUAAGUUUUGCCAGUGAGGAAUACCAGCGGGCCGUGGAGCACAUCUCAGGGCUGGUCCAGCAGCACAAGGCCACCCUGGUGCCAGGCCAGCCCCAGCUGAACGUGUGUGACCAGGCUGUCAUGAACUGGUCCCCUCCAGGCUGUGAGAAGCUUGGGAAGUGCCUGAAAGCACCAGAGUCUGAUCCUAAGAAAUGCUCUUGGCCUCACUGAUGGCUGCAGCCCUCCAGAGCUACGCUGGACAUCCAGUUUCCAAUGCCUGCUCCUGUUGGCACUCCUGUUUACACAGGAAGGGUGUGAUGUGCGCAUGAUAUCAUCACUUGCUCUUCCAAAAGGGCCAGUGUUUAUAUUCCUCGUGCUCAGGGUUUAGCCUCUACUCCUCCUUUCCCCCAGUUCUUUCCCUAAAUGGUAACUCCAGUGAGGAUUGGGUCGGCUGUAAAAGCUCCCUGGACAGCCACGACUCUGCCAUCAGCUCCAAAAUGCCAUGGAUCACUUCUGCUCCUUCCACCCAGCCUUGCUCACAGGGGUGCCCCAACAAGAGCCACGGGACAGGUCAGGAAACUCAGAGCUGCCAGAGAGCCCUGCCCAAGCUGCCCGUGUUUUCUUUGCCUGUAGCUUGUUGUUUUAACAUUUGAUUUCCAUUGUGAACUCUGGACAUCAACUUGUUUUCCCUUUCUCCCCAAAUUUGUGAGUUCUGGGUGCAAACCAGGGAUCCCUCCUGCUCACAGCUGAGGGGUUUGGAACUGGGGACAAUGCCCUGAAUUCCUUCCAUGUGUAGCUGCAAACAUUCCCUAGGUCAUGGUUUAAGGAAAGGUGGGCAUUGUCUUCAGGUAAGUGUUGGAUUGGGGUUACAGCCCCUGCCAGUGCCUGAAGGAGCUCCAGGAGAGCUGGAGAGGGACUUUGGGGAAGGGCCUGGAGUGCCAGGACACAGGGAAUGGCUUCCCACUGCCAGAGGGCAGGGAUGGAUGGGAUAUUGGAAAGGAAUUCUUCCUUGUAGGAGUGGUGAGGCCCUGGCACAGGUUCCCAGAGCAGCUGUGGCUGCCCCUGGAUCCCUGGCAGUGCCCAAGGCCAGGCUGGACAGGGCUUGGAGCAGCCUGGGACAGUGGAAGUGGGAUUGCACUGGAUGAGCUUUCAGGUCUUUUCCAGCCCAGACCAUUCCAGGAUUCUGUUGCCAAUUGUUUGUGCAGGACAUCUGUGGGGAGCUGGGGGUCAGCUGUUCAUCUUGGGGCUUUCCUUAAUUUCCAGAAAUCUGGAUCUAAAGCUGGUCCAAGCCACACUUCCCAUCUCGUGCUCUGGGCCCAGCCAAGUGCAGGCUCAGAAAUGCCCCUUGGCAUCAGCCCUUAACUCUUGACCCCAUUUCCAGCACACUCUCUCCCAGGAAUUCUCCUUGUGCAAACCUUCCCAGCCUGGCUGUGGCUCUCCUUUAGCCAGAGUUCCUGGGGAACACAGAGCCUUUGCUCAAUCCUGCAGGGCAGCUCCCUGCUCUGCCUUGGAGCCUGUUCCACACCCUUCCCUGUCUCAAAUAAACCUGUCUGGAGCAAAAAAACCCUCCUCUGGGCCUUCAGGGCAGCAGCUGGAGGGAGCCUGAGCAUGUUUGGGUUCAGACUGAAAGAGGGGAAGUUUAGUUGGAUGUAAGGAAGGAAUUGUUCCCUGUGAGGGUGGGGAGGCCCUGGCACAGGGUGCCCAGAGAAGCUUGGAGCAGCCUGGGAUAGUGGAAGGUGUCUCUGGCCAUGGCAGGGGCUGGAGCAGGAUGAGUUUUUAGAUCCCUUCCCACCCAAACCAUUCCAUGAUUUUCCAUUUGUCCCACCAACAGCUCUGCUUCCACCCCUCCAGUGUUUUCCACAGUACACGUGCCCUGUGUGUGUGAUGUUGUGCUGCCUUAGGAAAAUCCAGGUGCUCUGUACCUGGAAACAGCUCAAAUUCCUCCCCAGCUAAGCUUGGAGCUGCUUGAGAGCUCUGCUCUUGUGCCAGCUGUGGUGCUCCUGGCUCUCAGCUGCUUGUUCCAGCCUCCUGUAAUCCCAAACCCCAUCCCAUGGUUUAUGUACCUGUAAUCCCCUCCACGGGAAUCCCUGGUGUGUGUCUCGUGAAGCUGGAUAAUCCCAUUAAACUGGAAUGAGAGCAGCACUUGGGUCAGCUCUUGCUGUUGCACCUCUCAGAAAUCCCAGCCAGCAUUUCAGAGAUCCCUGCACAUCUGCAAGUGGCAUUUGUUUAUAGCCCACGUUUCUUAGGAUGUUCCUACUUGUCCUUCAAGUCUAUCACGGCAUUUCCAGCUCAUCCAUAACAUUCCUCCUUGUUUAGACACGGCUCAAGGCUUGGGAGAUGUGGCCAGCAGCUCCCUCGGGGUGAGGUCAGGGCUGGGAGCAGUUGUGGCUCUGGCAGCACAGGAGACCAGAUAAAAGCAGGAACUCCCCAUUUGCUGGGGCUGCUCCACCUCUGCUUUAGGGCUUCUCCGUGCCCAGAGGAGGGAAUGGAGCUGGGAAGGGGCUGCAGCACCAGGAGAGGCUGAGGGAGCUGGAAAGGGGCUCAGCCUGGAGAAAAGGAGGCUCAGGGGGUCCCUUGUGGCUCUGCACAACUCCUGACAGGAGGGGACAGGCUCUGCUCCCAGGGAACAGGGACAGGAGGAGAGUUGUGCCAGGGGAGGGUCAGGUUGAAUAUCAGGGAAUUUUCUUCAUGGAAAGGGUGAAAAGCAUUGGCACAGGGCAGUGCUGAUAUGCCCAGCCCUGGAAGUGUUGAAAACCAUGUGGAUGUGGCAUUGGGGUGACCGUGGGGGUGCUGCUGAGGGCUGGACUCGAUGAUCUCUGAGGUCUUUUCCAAGCUCAGCGACUUUGAUUCCACACUUCUGUCACUGGGACUGUCAGAGCAUUCAGUGUAAAACUCCCACCAGAGGAGGGAGUCCAUGGCUGCAGCUCCCUGGCAGUCCUGUCAGCCCUCAGAUCCUUGUGAGGUAACAGCACUUGGUGGGUUUUGUGCUGCUUAGGAAGAGUUCCCCCAGGAUCAGAGCAGGGCCCUGGCCUGGCCACGCUCCUCAGCCCCCAGAAUCUGCUCUGGACACCUCCUCCCUGUCCCUGCCUGCUGCUUCCUCCUUUUCUCUUUCCCAGCUGCACUUUGGAAGAUCCUGCUUUGCCCCUGGAACUUGCUCUGAGCAGCCACGGGGUUUGUCCCCCCCUCCCAGCACAGCAAACCCUCAUUCCUCAUUCCUGGAGUACUCUCAGGACACAGAUCCUGGAGGGAAAUUUUGCACUUGAAAGCAAGUAAGUGAAGCCAUGACGUGUCUGUUUAGAAUAAAAGGACAUGUAGCAGAUAAUAAAUAAUCAGGGUUUAAUAUGACAGAGCUUCUGCUUUAAGUUUAAAUAGGAAUCGUUGUUUUACAGCUGCAUAAUAGGAGGAAUUUUAAAUGAAUGCCUUUCCUAAAAUUGCACAGAUUUAAAAGUUGUGAGGUGAAGAACUAAUGAGGAAAAAUAAACUAAUUUAUCAGCAA